AUGGCCACCAGGACACUCCCCGCCUCGUUCACACGGCGAUUGCUUGUCGCGCCACAAGCAGCCCGCCUUCGAGCACGCUCAUUGACAUGUGCGCACUCGCAGACACAAAGUCUGUGGCAAUCAUACCGGCCUGUAGUGCGAAUCGCUGGCCAGAGGAGAGCGUUUUCCUCCACUCCACGCACGCGACUGGCGGCGGCGGCAGACGACACAUUCAACCCACAAUCAAUAGAACGCGAAGUGGACGAGGUGGAUGUCUGCAUUGUGGGUGGAGGGCCCGCAGGUCUGUCAGCGGCCAUCAAGCUGAAGCAAUUGGCCAAUGCAGCUGGCAACGAAGACUUUAGGGUGCUCGUAUUGGAAAAAGCUGGCGAAUUGGGCGACCACAUCGUGUCUGGCAAUGUCAUCGAGCCAGGUGCACUCGACGAGCUGCUGCCAGACUGGAGGUCCGAGGACAAUCUGAAUCGCUUCGCAGACGUCACCCCCGCCCGAGAAGAUCGCAUGCGCUUCCUCACCAAGAACGGCUCGAUCCCCCUACCGAAGCCUCCGCAGAUGAACAACCACGGCAACUACAUCAUCAGUCUCAAUCAGAUGGUCAAAUGGCUGGGCGAGCGGGCAGAGGAGGUCGGAGUCGAGGUCUACCCAGGAUUUGCUGCCUCGGAGAUCCUCUACAAUCACGAGGGGGUUGUAAAGGGUGUUGCCACCAAUGAUCUUGGUAUCUCGCGAGAAGGCAAAGCAAAGGACUCGUUUGAGCGCGGUAUGGAAUUUCAUGCUCGUGUAACACUGCUAGGUGAGGGAUGCCACGGUAGCUUGUCGAAGCAGGUCAUCAAGAAGUACGACCUCAGGAGAGACAGUCAACAUCAAACCUAUGGGCUCGGGAUCAAGGAGGUCUGGGAAGUGCAGCCAGAGAAAUUCGAAUCUGGGCUUGUUGUUCACUCCAUGGGCUAUCCAUUACCCAAGGAUACCUACGGUGGCGGUUGGAUGUACCACUUCGGUGACAAUCUUGUUAGUAUUGGGUUGGUGGUCGGUCUGGACUAUCCUAAUCCAUGGAUGGCUCCCUAUGGUGAGUUUCAGAAGAUGAAGCACCAUCCUCUGUACAAGAAUGUCCUAGAAGGCGGUAAAUGUAUAUCAUAUGGUGCAAGGACACUCAUUGAGGGUGGCUACCAGUCCAUACCGAAGCUUGCUUUCCCCGGUGGAGCCCUGCUCGGAGACUCAGCAGGCCUGGUCAAUUUACCCAAGAUCAAAGGCACUCACAACGCCAUGAAAUCUGGUAUGCUGGCUGCCGAAGCUACCUGGGACGCGCUUCAGACCAACACUGAUGGCGGCACGGUGUUCUUGUUCGACUAUGAAGACAAGAUGCGCAAUUCGUCCGUGUUCAAAGAGCUAAAAGCAGUACGGAACAUGCGACCCUCGUUCCACACCCCGCUUGGUCUCUACGGUGGAGUGCUCUACUCUGGCAUAGAAGCCUAUUUACUCAAGGGCAGGGUGCCAUGGACACUCAAGCAUGGUAAACCCGAUCAUGCAGCUACCAAGACGGUAGAUGAGUGUGAGAAGAUUGAGUACCCCAAACCAGACGGCAAGAUUAGCUUCGACAUCUUGACAAGCGUGAGCAGAAGCGGUACAAACCACGAAGAGGACCAGCCUUGCCAUCUUCAGGUGAAGGACUGGGAUGCACAUGCUGCCAAGGAAUGGCCCAAGUACAAGGGUGUAGAGAACCGCUUCUGUCCGGCGGGCGUCUAUGAGUAUGUCGAAGAUGAGAGUAAAGAGCUGGGCGUUAGAUUUCAGAUUAAUGCUCAAAACUGCGUCCACUGCAAAACAUGCGACAUAAAAGUACCAGACCAGGAUAUCAACUGGCAGACGCCACAAGGUGGUGAGGGUCCGAAGUAUGUGCUCACCUAG